AUUGGUUCUCUUGGCUUUUGCCGGAUCAAUUGGUAUGACUUUGGUGAUUUUGGCCUGCGCUCUCCCACAAUAUCAACUCUGGUGGCCACUCUUUGUCAUCCUUUUCUACGUGAUCUCACCAAUUCCCACAAUCCUAGCAAAACGCUACGCAGCUCAAUCCCAAUCAACAUCAUGCGUAGAAUUAGCAGUAUUCCUCACAAUGGGGCUCAUUGUCAGCUGCUUCGCCCUACCAAUUGUUCUCACUCGCACGGGCACAAUCAAAGCUGGAGCUUGCUACUUAACCCUUUGCGGAAAUGUUGUAGUGUACAUAACACUUUUGGGAUACUUUCUUCUCUUUGAUGCCGAUGAUUCAGACUAUGGGCUCUGGUAGAUCUUCUGAAGCAUUAUAUUAUAUCUUUUCUACAUAUAAGUACACACAUUCAUCCACAAUAUUUAUACAAAAUAAACCACGAGAUAACAGAGAA